AUGGGUCAGAAGAGCAAGAAGCGAGCUGGCGAUGGUGACGGCAGCAAUGCCAUCCCCAAGAACAAGCGCUAUCGCGGCAUGAACCGCGACUGGUCUCAGUACACCCACGUCCCCCCCAAGCAGAGCGAUCUUGCCCAAAAUGGCCGUAAGAUCGGUCGCAACCUGAUCGCUUGGAACCGCCCUCGAAUGAUGGAGAAACUCAUCUUGCACAUGGAAUACGAGUGCCAGUUGCGCAACAUCUCCGUUCCCUGGGAUAAUAUUGCACACCGUCUCAAUCCUGGCUCUUCUGGAAGCUCUGUUCAGCAGCAGCUGGUCCGUCUUCGCAAGACCUUGAUCGCCGAGGGCCACCUCGUCCCUCCCGUCCUCCAGAAGCCUGGAACUCAGAAGCCUGAUCCCGCCAUCCGAGGCUAUGUUCGCAGAUUCCAAGACGCUUCUGGAGACUACGAGACCAUCCGUCCUGUUCGCUGGACUGAGGAAAUGGACGAUCUGAAGAAGGGCCUCGGUGAUGCUGCCUAUGCUGACGUCGACGGCACCGUUGACAAGAGUGCUGACGCCACCGACCUUGGACUUCUCGAUGGACUUCUUGAUGCAGCUGCUCAUGUUACCGAGACCGGUGACAGCGAUGUCUUUGUCGAGAAUCCCAACAUCCAAAAGAAGUCCAAGUCUAAGCCUAAGCGCAAGAAGAUCUCUAACCAGUCUCCUGACGACGAAGAUGACGAGGCCCUCGUCGCCAGCAACAACAAGAGGAAGAAGAGUGUUGCUCUGCGACCCACUCGCGCUGCCGCCAAGAAGAAGACCAACUAUGCUGAGCCUGAGUCGGACGACGAUAGUAUUCAGGGCGUCAAGGAGAAUGAGCUCACCGACAAGGGCGAGGACGAUGUCAACCAAAAAGAGGGUGCUGCCAACGAGGAUACGACCCUCACUGCCACUCCUGGCGCGACCCCGGUGUUCACCGCCCAGUCUCAAGCUGCCUUCCAACAGGUCUUUGGCACCCCUACUCCCAAGCGUGGCGGCGGCCGAUUCACCGACGGCACCGCUGAGCCUGGCGGAAUGGUCCUCAUGGGCCCAAUCUUUCCCGUCACUCCCGACGGCGGCAAGACAUGGGGAUACGCAACUAUGGCCCCUGGCGGCCUGAACGCGAUUCAACCCAUAGCCUUCCCAAGCACUCCUGUGGCUGCAGCAGCUCCCUGCUUCACCACGGCCUCCUCGUCUCCCGCCAGCUUCGACAUGGCCAGUGCCACUCCCCACACCGCUACUGCCAUGCGGACUCACAUGAACGAGUGGAAUGCUGGAAUCAUCCGUCCCGCAAUGUUGUCCAACGGUGGCUUUGAUAUGCCUAUGCUGUCGUCCGUCUCUGGCCCCAGCUUUCAAGAGGACCCCAACCGGGCAUUGGACUUCCCCUCCAUGUUCAGCGACACCGACGAGUUUGCUGCCCAGCUGAAGAAGGUACAGAAGGACGACUGA